AUGCUUGCCCUCGUACUCACAGCAGAGCUCUCCGGAGUUACCAAUCUCCGGCCAAACGACACAGAGGCCAACCCUUUCUGGUACACUUUCAAGGAUAUGAAUGAGAUGAGUGGGAGCCGUGGCGAGGCCAACUUUGUCUGGAAAUGCAAGAACUGCAAGGCAAGAUAUAAUCUCUCACGAGAGUCAUCUGCCAAUAUCAAGGCUGCGCCAGCAGCAUAUGAACAGAAUGACCCGCCGAAGAAGCAGAAGAUUGUCGAGUUCGACUGCCGCGGUCUCGAGUUUGUGGAGUUCCAACCCGAUGGUGAGUGGUUGGCGGAGGGAACUGAUUCGGGAACUAAGUUCACUGCCAUUGACCUGACAGAGGGAGAAUGGUUUGAUUAUGAUGAGAAGGCAGGUGAGGAGGUCGGCAUCACGAAUCUCAAGUGGGAGAUUCACCCAUACCACUGCGCCAUGGCGACCCUGGGACUCCAGGCUCGUUUGAGCUACCUCACCGAUGCCGCGCACAUGCUCGCGGCUUCUGCCCCUGAAGUCUCUGCCCAUCUCAUGAGCCGAAGAAACCUUCUUACAUCCAACAACGGCAUCCCCAUUUCGGAUGUCGAGAAGGAACACGUAUGCAUGGCUUGCGGCAACAUCCUUAUACCUGGAUGCAGCGCAAUCCUAAAGAUCGAAUCGGACAAGGCUCUUCGAAGGCGAGUGCAACAGAAGUCAAACCAACGGUUCUCGAAUCAAUCAGACGCCGGAGGCGCCACUCAAAAGAAAGAAGGAAUCGCGCAGGAGAAGCUUGAGCGCAUGGGCAUCUCGAAGACGAUCUCCUGCGAUCGAUGCGGCAGGGUUACCGAGAUCCAACUGCCGCCGCCUCCCUCUGUAGCACGUGUGAAGGCGGCUCAGCGGUCGAAGUUGGCGACGUCCGACCUAAAAUCUAAAGCAUCGGAAGCUUCAAGCGUCAAAACGUCUGCUAAUGCCAUCAGCAAGAAGAGAGCUAAGAACCGGAAGGCCGGGCUCCAGGCUCUCCUGGCUGAUAGCAAGGCUUCUAAGCCAAGCGCCGGGUUGUCCCUGGCCAGUUUUAUGAAGAAGUGA